AAAUGCGAAUAGCAAGAUCAAAUGUUGUUCUUGUAACUCGCCCCAGCUCAGGCAGGGUUGAGCUAAUUGUAGCCUAAUCCUGCCCCGGGGCGUUUGGAGAGCCUUGAGCAAGAAUUCUUGUUCAGCUGUCCUCUGUUAUUCGGGCUGGAACGCUGUGCCUUCAACGCACUCUCACGCUUCAACAAAAAAGGAGCAAGAAAGAAAAAAAGCGAGGCUAAGACACGCCACGAUCGAUCUCAUGUUUUAAAGAGGGCUGAAGAUACAUUUACAGCUAUGUCUUCCAAGGAGGGAAGGAGUAUGUCUCGGCUGUCUUUGACCCGAUCCCCAGUGUCUCCUCUGGCCGCUCAGGGAAUCCCAUUGCCGGCUCAGCUCACUAAAGCCAACGCUCCAGUCCACAUUGAUGUAGGCGGACACAUGUACACCAGCAGUUUGGCCACCCUCACCAAAUACCCAGACUCCAGAAUCAGUCGUCUGUUCAAUGGCACCGAACCAAUUGUUUUGGACAGUCUGAAGCAGCAUUACUUCAUUGACCGUGAUGGAGAGAUAUUCCGCUACAUCCUGAGCUACCUGAGAACCAGCAAACUGCUUCUUCCUGAGGACUUCAAGGAGUUCCAGCUGCUGUACGAGGAGGCUCGCUAUUACCAGCUGACGCCCAUGGUGAAAGAGCUGGAGCGCUGGAAGCAGGAGCGGGAGCAGCGGCGGUCGGCUCAGCCCUGCGAGUGCCUGGUGGUGCGGGUGACUCCUGACCUGGGCGAGAGGAUCGCUGUCAGUGGAGACAAGUCUCUUAUAGAGGAGAUUUUCCCAGAGACAGGGGACGUCAUGUGCAAUUCAGUCAACGCCGGCUGGAACCAGGACCCGACCCAUGUUAUUCGCUUCCCACUGAAUGGCUACUGCAGGCUCAACUCUGUCCAGGUCCUGGAGAGACUGUUUCAGAAAGGCUUCAGCAUGGUGGCGUCAUGCGGAGGAGGCGUGGAUUCCUCCCAGUUCAGCGAGUACAUCCUGAGUCGGGAGGACAGACGGUGUCAGACCAGCCACACACCCAUCAGGAUAAAACAGGAGCCUCUGGACUAGCCGGCUUUGGCACCAACCAUGAACACCUCAGUCUGCUUUCGAAGAAAAAAAAAAAAUGCCAGCAGACAAACAGAAGACUUAAUUUGCCAGAAAAAGUUUGCUUCAACUCUUUGGACUCAAAGAGGACUGAAAUCUUAGUAAAUGUACACGUAAUUUCAUCCAUGAUCCCGAAUCUCCUCCAACAGAUGCUUUACGAAUACAAGCGAGUCACAGGAUGGCUUUUCAGCUACUGACCUCGAGUUGAACUUUUCGGCUCAAGUCAUGAAAAAUGCAUUCACUGAUCUCUAUAGCCACAGUACAGAAGAACCAUGUCAUAACUUCACCGUUGUUCGUACGCGCAAAAAGAGGAACUCUACAAGGAAGUUGUGUUUGUGGCAAAUUCACCUUCCGGCUAGAACACUUUCAAAUGAUGCACCAGUCUGAUCUCCAAGCUCUGGGGCAAAAUUAACUACGAAAUACAAAGUCUGUACUCUGAUCCAUUUUUAAUCUCGAUAUCUAAUGUUCUCAUUUUCCAGUCUCAUCUAUGUAAAUCAGUUCUUUUAUGACCUACAGGUUUAUUGCUGUUGUCUCGCUACAUGAAGGAUAUGAGAGCAGUUCUCAGAAGUCAUUUGGUUGUAAGUGCGGUCUGGAGUUGGCCGUGUUGAGGCUUUGACUUGAGGCUACAGCGGACAGUCUGCUAAUGCAUUCAGUGCUGGGCAAAGAGGCUUUUUAUUCGAGCAUGUCUAAAGGGAAACCUGGACUCAUAUGGGAGAGCUUUUCUGAUGGCAACUUUUUUUCGGGUGCCCAUUUUGUUUUCACGACUAGCCCUGAAUGUACCAUUUAACACCAGUGAUUAUAUAAGAUUUAAGUAAACAAUUACGAGCAAAUAUCUUUAGAUAUGUAACCCCUUUGGUCCUACAUGCUCCCCCUGCUCCAAGCUAGAUCCAAACCAGUGUUUCUCUACACUAACCAAUGACUUGCUGGUUUUUAGCAUCUUUGUUGAUCUCCAUUAUUGCUCACGCCACCAUUAUUAGUCCUCUGGUUCAAAUCUAUUACUCCAAGUAAAACUGAACCAGCAUUUCUAGCUUGGUAAGUGGCAAGAGUAACUAGUGGGGUCUCUUGAAGCAAGGAAAUAAGUCUAAUCACAUAGCUCCUUAUAGUUCACCACUGUUAAACUGCCCCCAAAAACACAACUGGGUCACGGCACCAACGUAACCCCUUUGUUUCUACUCUCCCGCUCAGAUGAUUUGAACCAGUGCGUUUAAAAUUAGAGGAGAUGACAUUAACAAGGGCGCUUCAGACGGCAGAAUCAGCUGCACAGACAGUUCCUACAAGCUGGUCUGUGUUACAAAUUAAAUGACUUGUGCAUCCAAAACAACUUGUUUGAUGAAAGCAAUGAGAUUAGUCAGAUAGUUAAUGAAUGCAGCACUUUCAGGGGGCACUGCUUGGACCGGAGAUGAAGGGGAUUACUGUGCCCCCUUGAGGCCUGGAGACUGAGGGGCUAUGGGUCAGACGUCUCUCCAGGAGUUAAGGUCACUUUCCCACAAUCCCUUUUGCUCACUCUCCCUUAGCAAAACAACGCAAUCAGAGCCACUUGGAGAGAGACUGAGGGAGAAUAAACUUGAAAGGUUAAGUCGGCGGCUUGUAAACAGACUGAAUUGCAUAAUGUGUUGUAAAACACAGUUAAUAAGAUGGCUUUUUAAGGCUCUCGGCCUUGUCAUUUCAAAAGGAAGGGUCAUUGAUAUUUUGUUAUGCUAUUUGGUUGUCUUAAACGGCCAACUUUUUUUUUUCUGCUACGUGUUCAAUUUUUCAAACAUUGUACAUAAAGGCUCACAGACGCUUCAUAGGUCCUCCUGAAUACAUCUUGCUGCCGUGCAACUGCUAUUUUGGGUUUUGAUUUCAUGGACAAUUUACAAAGACGAUCUUGUCUCCAGCGCAUUGAUGGUCGGAGAAGUCAGAUGUUACCUAAAUCUUUAAUUUAAAUACUGCUCUAAUGGAUGUUGUGUCAAGAUGUAUAUUGCAGUAUGGUCCAAAUGUAUAUUAUUUAAAUAAAACUUUUUUUUGUAAUGGA